UUUGGGGGGGGGGGUCAUUUCUGCCCUCUUUUGGGGACUUUGUGUUUUUCUGGUGCGGUUGCUCCUCACAGUCGGGUAAUUACGGUACUGCGCAUGCGCAGCUCGGUCUCACAUCAGAAGCAGCUCUUAAGGAGGCGAGAAGGAAAACAGUGGCAGCAGAACGGCAGAGAAAGAGAAAGCUUAAGUUGGCCGCGUUUGUUUCAUCGGCGUGUUGUUGAACUGCUAAGCUUUAGUUUGAAAUCCAAACCCAAAGUGUGCCUUCACUCCACGCUCAACAAACUCGGCGGUUUUUCUCCCUUUAAGAUGGUGGAGACCGCGUGAAGAUCUGUCGGUGACUCGGUUCCCCGCCGGUUCCCUCGCCGUGCAGGAUGAUGAUGGAGGAGUCCGUGACCACGUUUGAGACGCACCUCACGGCCGUCAUGGACAGCCUGAUCCGAGCCUCCGUCUGCGAGAUCUCCAAACUCUUCCAGGAGACGGUGAGCGGCUACCUGACGGAGCUGGCCCUCAACAGGAAGGAGACCGAGGCGCUCAGGCUCCGGCUGAAGCUCACCGAGAACAAGCUGAGGACGGAGCGCAAGUACGGGAUGGGCUGGGCGGCCAACCGCCGCAAGGCUGGGCUGACGGCGGCGGAGGAGGCGGGAGGGAGGCUCAGGCGCAAAGUUGACCCAGCCGGAGGCAAGUCGAAAAGGAGCCCAGCAGCAAUCUAUAGCAAAGACUGGCCUGGAGGUGUGUGGGAGGAAAGUGGAGGAGGAGGAGGAGGAGGAGGAGGAGGUGGGGGAGGAUGUGGCGGAGGAGCUCUGAGCGUGGUAGCAGGGCGAAGAGGGGGGAACGAAGCCAGAGAGAUGUACCAUGUCCAACUCCCCCGGGAUGAAGAAGAAGAAGAAGAAGAAGAAGAGGAAGAUGAUGAUGAGGAGGAGGAAGGGAUGUUGGAAGAUGAGGAAGGGGAGGGCGGCCACAGCGGUGAGGGGGAGGAGACAGCCAACAUCAAAGAGGAGUUUGUUGAAGCACAGAGCUAUCAGCCUCCCUCUCUGCGGUUCAUCAAGGAGGCUUUGAAGAUGGGUCUGCCCAACCAGAACCUGUGCACCGGCCCCAAAGUCCAGAGUGAAGCAGAGCUGUCGAAUCAGCCUUCAGCGCUUCAUCCAAGACAGAAGGAAGACGAUGAGUGGGGAGGGGGCUCUGCUGAGCUCUCAGGGAGCGGCAUGACUAUGGAUGAGCUGCGGGGACUGGAGUCGGCGUUGAAAGUGGAGAGAGGACAUGAGCAGGCCGCCGUAGCUGCUUUGCAGCGCGACUCUGAGAUGGUGCGAGCCAGCGCGAUCGGCUUGGCGCCAAAAUACAUCGGCCUCGAUGGUUUGGAGCAUGAGGGAGAGCUGGAGUCACAGCCUCCUACUCUGCAGAAGGAGGACCAGACGAGGCAAGCCAAAGAGAAGGAGGGAGUCAGGGCCUGUGGGGCUGAUGAAGUAAAGCCCAAGUCGGGCUGGUCAAAGAAACUUACGGAGGGCGACUCAGCUGCUGCCACUACUAAGGAGGAGACUAUGGAGCAGGCGGAGCUAGAGAAAAUGCCACACCUGUCCGCUCCAAAUAGCGUUUCUGAGAGUGCAGGAGAAGAAGAGGGCAGUGGGGACCUCCUCCACUUCUGCCCUCAGUGUGGCGGUGGCUUCACCUCAGAAGCUGAGCUGGAGGAGCACCCUUGUCCACUAGGUGGCGCUCAUUUACAGAGCAGCGGCAGCGAGGACAGCCUUUUCCCGUGCGCCCACUGCGGCAACACAUUCAGCCACGCCUGGGCGCUGAAGAACCACGAGUGCGCCUGCGUGGCCGAGCGGCCGCACUGCUGCGAGAUCUGCGGCAAGCGUUUCACACACUCGCGCUCGCUGGAGCGCCAUCAUCUGGUGCACACGGGCGAGAGGCCGCACCGCUGCCAGCAGUGCGGACGCAGCUUCAGUCGCCUCGGCAACCUGGAGCGGCACCAGCGGAUCCACACGGGGGAGCGGCCGUACGGGUGUGAGGUGUGCGGCAAGCGCUUCAGCCGGGUGGAGUAUCUUAAGAGACACCAGCUCAUACACAACAACGAAAAGACACCAAUGCACUGCUCCAACUGUGGGAGGGGCUUCAGCGACGUGGAGCAGCUCAAAAAACACCAAUGCUUCUAGAGUCAAAGAGGCUCGCCAAGGGGAUCGAGGAGUGCAGCUGAGGACUGUGACGGCUGUACUGUCAUUCUAGGGGAUUUUUAAUGUUUAGUUAUAUAGUACAAAUGUAAAACCUCAGCAAUUUCUUUGGAUUUAUUUAUUAUCAUCAUCACAAAUACUUGUUUUUAUAUCAUUUUAGCAGAAGUAAACUCCUGUGAAGGUCUCGUUUUCCUGACCAAAGUGACAUUUUUGUAUGAUUUUGUUGUCACACUGUUGGAAAAAAAUAAAUUCAAUCACAAUAUA